ACCAAAAUAUAUGGAAUCCAUCGAUCCUCUUCUGAUGUCUGACGCACCUAACUUAAUUCAAAGCCAUCAAAUGGCGGUUGAGGAUGAUCACGUGCUUCCCACCCUCUCUCCGCCCAACACCUACGAUGCCGUCGUCAAUGGUGGCACCUUUGACCGAUUGCACGACGGCCACCGCCUCGUCCUCACCGCCUCAGCGGAGUUGGCGAAGCAUCGGAUUGUAGUUGGAGUUUGCGACGGACCUAUGCUCGCAAAGAAGCAGUUUGCUGAACUGAUACAGCCCAUUGAGGAAAGAAUACAUAAUGUCAAAACUUUCAUAAAGUCUAUCAAGCCAGAGUUGGAAGUGCAGGCUGUACCGAUCACAGAUCCGUUUGGCCCUUCCAUUACAGAUGAAAAAUUGGAGGCUGUGAUUGUCAGCAAAGAGACAUUACCGGGAGGAUUGGCAAUAAACAGAAAAAGAGCUGAAAGAGGCCUUUCACUGUUGAAGAUAGAAGUUGUAGAUUUGCUCUCUGGAGAAUCAGGUGAAGUUAAACUGAGUUCAUCAAUGCUACGGAAGAUUGAGGCUGAAAAGGCCAAACAACCAAGCACGAUAUCGCAGGAAACUAACCCAUGGAUAUUCCUAAUUGUGCUUUGCAUUUUGUGGGAUUUUGCAAAGAUGAAUGAUUUGAUGACAAAAUCGUUCCUAAGUUAUGUGGAACUGAAGAAACAGGCUCAGAAUGACCUUGAAAACGAACUUGAUAUUGAAGCAGGGAAACUCAACCCCACGGAAGACCGUAACCUCUCUCAGUUCUUCCAAGAAGUUGAAUCAAUCAAGGUUGAAAUGAAAGAGAUCACCAAUCUCUUAUUAGAUCUUCAGCAACUGAAUGACGAGACAAAGUGCGCUCACAGUGCCAAAGUUCUUCGUGGCCUUAGGGACCGUAUGGAGGCUGACAUGGUUGCCGUGCUUCGCAAGGCAAGGAUUAUCAAGGCAAUGCUCGAGGUUCUUGAUCAAUCCAACAUAACAAAUCGCAGUUUAUCAGAAUCCUACAAAGAGGGGAGCCCCAUUGACAGGACCAGAAUGUCUGUCACAAAUGGUUUGAGGGUCAAGCUUAGGGACAUGAUGAAUGACUUUCAGUCCUUGAGAGACAAGAUCCUCUCAGAUCACAAGGAAGACUUGAAGAGAAGGUAUUACACCGCAACAGGUGAGGUUCCGAGCGAGGAGGACAUGGAGAAGAUGGUUUCAGGGAGUCUCAAAGUUGAGUUUUUGGCUGGGAAAACAGAUGCUGAUUUGGGCACUCAGGUUAGGCAUGAGGCAGUGAUGGAUAUUCAGAGGAGUUUGAAUAAGCUUCACCAGGUUUUUCUUGAUAUGGCUAUUCUGGUUGAGACGCAAGGAGAGAAAGUGGAUAACAUUGAGGAUAAUGUGGCCAGUGCGGGAAACUACAUCCAUGGUGGGACUAAUAGUCUUUACUAUGCCAACCAGAUGAAGAACAAGAACAGAAAAUGGGUGUGUUGGGUUUUUGCAGUGGGACUGAUUAUACUACUCGUAUGCAUUGUUGCAAUGUUGUCUUCUUGACUGGAGCAGUUUGGAAGGACUGGUUUAGGGUUUCGAGACUGAAGAUACUUUCAUUUCCUCUUAAACGCUUCAAUGGUUAUUGGAUUGUUG